ACCUCCUCCACUGGAGGGGCGUGGCUCCUCUCCUUUGCGCCAUGAUGAACAAAUGACCUCGCGGGGAAUGAAAUUUAAAUUCCACCGUGGGGAGAGAGUUCUGUGCUUCGAGCCUGACCCCACCAAAGCCAAAGUGCUCUAUGAUGCCAAGAUUGUUGAUAUUAUUGUUGGAAAAGAUGAGAAAGGCAGAAAGAUUCCAGAAUAUCUGAUCCAUUUUAACGGCUGGAAUAGAAGCUGGGAUAGAUGGGCAGCUGAAGAUCAUGUUCUUCGUGAUACAGACGAAAACCGCAGAUUACAGCGUAAAUUGGCACGGAAGGCUGUGGCUCGCAUGAGAAGAAAGGGAAGAAAGAAGAGACGUUGCAGGCUGCCUGGUGUUGACUCUGUAUUAAAAAGCCUUCCUGCUGAAGAAAAUGAUGAGAGUAGCGAAAACUCUAUAAGUAGUUCUUCUUCUGAUGACAGUGAUGAAGGAACAGAUGAAGAAAUAAAAAGUGAAGAAAGUGACAUAGAAGAGAGGACAGAAAUGAAAGAAGAACAAGACACUCAUACAAAAAGGGACAUGGAAGAAAGAGCAAUAAGCAUAGAAAUUCCUGAAGUCUUGAAAAAGAAGCUUGAGGAAGACUGUUACUAUAUUAAUAGAAGAAAACGGCUAGUGAAGCUUCCUUGUCAGACAAACAUAAUAACAAUCCUGGAGUCAUAUGUGAAACAUUUUGCUAUUAAUGCUGCUUUUUCAGCCAAUGAAAGAUCUCGGCACCAUCAGAUGACUCCACAUGCUAAUAUGAAUCUUCAUUAUGUGCCACCAGAGAAGAAUGUUGAGCUGUGUAAAGAGAUGGUGGAUGGGCUGAGAAUAACCUUUGACUUCACACUUCCAUUAAUUUUGCUCUAUCCUUAUGAACAAGCUCAAUUUAAGAAAGUGACUUCAUCAAAAUUCUUUCUUCCCAUCAAAGAAAACUCAACAAAUACUAACAGAAAUCAGGAGGAGCUUUCCCCAAGUCCUCCUCUGUUGAACCCGCCAACUCCCCAGUCAACCGACAGCCAGCCUGCAACAGGGGAGCCAGCCACGCCAAAAAGGCGAAAAGCUGAACCUGAAAUUCUGCAGUCUCUGAGACGCUCCACACGCCAUAGCUCUAACUGUGACAGGUUAUCGGAAAGCAGUGCUUCCCCGCAGCCUAAACGACGGCAUCUCGAGACCCCAGCUUCUAUGCCAAAACUCUUCUUGCACCUGGAAAAAAAAACCCCUGUCCAUAGUGGAUCAUCUUCACCUAUAACUUUGACUCCUAGCAAAGAGGGAAGUGCGGUUUUUACUGGCUUUGAAGGAAGAAGAAACAAUGAAUUGAAUGAGGUUUUGUCCUGGAAAUUGAUGCCAGAAAAUUAUCCACCAAGUGAUCAACCACCACCUCCCUCAUAUAUCUAUGGUUCUCAACAUUUGCUACGGAUGUUUGUAAAGCUGCCAGAAAUCCUGGGGAAGAUGUGCUUUCCUGACAAAAACCUGAAGGCCUUAGUAAAACACUUCGAAAUGUUUCUGAGAUGAGGCCAAUAUGUAGUAUUUCAUAUUGUGGAAAGCUACAUUCUUAAUGGUCAAAGACUUUGGUUUUGUUAAAAGCCCACUGAUACUUCAAAUUCAGGUUAUCCUGUAAGUUUUCUCUUGCAUUUUAGAUCUCAUUUUUUUUCCUUACCUGCUUGUGUCCAUUGUCCCACUCAGCUCCAUGGGUUGAAAAGUAUUUUAACUAUUUGUAUUGAGUGUUUUAUGAGAAGGAAGCCAAGUCAGAACAUGACCAAAUUAGAAGGCUAUGAUAAUAAAAUGUGUACAUAGAAAGAUGACAAAUUUUUUGAAGUAACCUUAAGAAAUGGGUCUCUGGGGUUUUUUUUAUAGCACAACACUUUUUGAGUGUAGUAAUUUUAUUACAUGUAACUGUAUUGGUGAAUUAUAACCACUAGUCUGUGCUAACGUGCAAUUGAUGAGGGGUUAUUAGUGGCAUUCUGAGAAUGAAGAAAUGAAGCGUUGCACAUGGCGAAUGGAAUAGAAAGCAUCUUUAUUUAGGUGAAGUUGCUUUUGACUGAAUUCCUGCUCACUGUGACUUAGUAAAGUUAAGGUGGCAACUGACUAAACACUUUUUGAAAGAUCAUGAAGGUGGCAAUUCUGCUACUGUUACUUCUAUUGAUUAGGGCUUUUCUAUUUCCUCUGGAUUUGGGGAUUAACUGGUUACUUGACAAAAAAUACCUGUGCAGCACAGCAAUUCUGACAUACUAGAAAACUUUAUGGAAUUGGAGCCUAACUGAGAGAGUCAAGGUUCUGAGUGUAGACAGAUGUGGGUUUAGAGGCAGGCAAAUGAAUGUUGUUUUGUAGGUUUUGAAAUGCUUUGAAGGAAUUCUACUCUCACAGUGAAUGUAUAUGCCUUAUUUUAGGGCAUUACUAUUGUUGUAUUUGGGCUUCACUGUAUCAUUGAAUGGGUAGAAAGGUAACUGCCUUUUUGGGACCUCCCAAACUUUUGGCACCUUUAUGUUGAAUGUUUCUUAAUCAGUACCUGGUAUUGCACAGCUUAUUUCCAGUAGACUUUUGUUUACCUGGUUGGUCUGCAGAAUCUGCUCGUGUGUGCUUAUUCUUCUUGACUAAAGUUUGAUUGCUUUGUCAAAAAUAUGUCCUGAAACUGCAGUGGAUUGCUUUUUUAUCUUCUGCUUACCAAAUAAUCAGGUGCUUACCAAAUAAAUGGGUGUUUAAAUGAGAGGUUUGGGUCAUGUGUCUAAAAUGAGAGUUCCCAAAAUAUUUUAAAUGUGUUAUGAUAGCUUCUUUAGAAGGCGGCUCUAAAGAAUUGAUUCUGGGAUCUGUGCUGGCCUUGCCAAAAGUGGGUUUUCAUCCUCAAGACCAACCAAGGACUCCUGUAUUGAGCCCUUCUAAGACUGUUUUCCCAAAUGGUCUACUAGAAGAUACCACUUGUAAUUUUCACUCACUCAGCCUGGUUACCAGAGAUGUUGUGUUGGCAUCUUCAGAGUUCUCUGUGCUUGCCCUUUAAUGGCCCAGGAAGAUGAUCUCUGUUCCUGUAUAUGGAUGAGUGACAAAGAGUCCAGUCAACAAAACAAGCCUGUUUGUUUCUUUGGCAUGUACUUGAGGUACUGAGUAUAAGAAUAAACAUCUAGAAACUUCUCACUUCAUUUGUUCUGUUGACUGCAUUGGCGUUAUGAUGAACUUUGUGUUGGUGAGCUUUUGCCCUGAAGAGUCUUCCAGAUGGAGACACGUCUACCAGUCAGAAGGGGUGGGGGUCAGGUGGUGACAUACACUUUUGUGUGAAACUAAGCUUUUAAGCUUUCAAAUCCUACUUUCAAGUGGUAGUCUCAGAGAAGAGAUAGCUUUUUAAUCUGCAAAUGACAUUUCUGUCGAUGAGGUGACUCACAGAGUUAGGAUCCAUCAUGUUCUUUAAGCAAACGCCUUUAGAUAGAUCAUUACAGUUGCCUUUCAAACAGCAUCUAGCCCAGACCACUGAUCUCAUCAAAGCAUCUGCUUACCUUCCUGAACUCUGCAGCAAAAAUAUAUAAAUGUCACCUACCUGGAAACUUUUCCUCCUAACUCUGUAUUCUUACACUUUUAAGGAUGAGGUUGUCCUUCUUAGAAUUAAGGUUUUCCUUUCUUUGUAAUUUUCACAUUUUCCAGGCUGUCCCUGAGCUUAUUUGUGGAUCCUACCUGAUGUUUAGAAUGUUUUUCUUCAUGCAGAGACUGUUCAGGUAAUAGGUUGUGUUGACGCUGCCAGGUUUUGCUACCAGAUGACACUCUUAAAGCUCAUGAAUUCAGUGACACUGUUGAGAAAUGUUCCUGACAUAUGUAUGUCAAGUGGCCUUUUAAUGUGGAUAAUGAUAGUUCUAUGGC